AUGGUUUUUGCUCUAAUGAACAGAUUAGAACAUGUAUACGGAUAUAUGACAUACUCCAUUGUAAUAAUGUGGAUUCUUUGGCCCCUAUCUGCACUUAUUUUGCAUACUGAAUGCUCUUAUAUUCUUUUCAACGAUAGGGGCAGAGGUCAUGGUCUAUUACUUCUAUGCUUUUGGACAACAUCUUUCCUGCUCGCAUAUUUGCCUGUUGCUUCUAUUGCCAGUGAAGACUGGUGGUGGAGAUUAUCCAGUGACUCUAACGUAGUGGAAUUCACCUUGUGGGUUUCAUAUGCUAUCUGUGUAUCGUUUGUCUUCAUUUUGGGUAUAUGGGCUCCUGGACUACCAAGCUACUAUGCAAUUUAUGAGUUUCUACAAUCUAGUGGUCAAAGUACACUAAUUUCCGAAAAUGUAUGGGUAAGACGUAUCCGACGAUUGAAAAUCGUGUCACCUUUUAUCUGGCCAAGACACCAAAAGACCAUACAACUCAGAGUUUUCGCCUGUUUUCUGCUAUUGAUUAUUGGCCGAGGUGUCAAUUUGUACUCCCCCAUUUUGUACAAGGAUAUAGUGAAUAGUUUGUCUGUGGUUGACAAUUCUACUGAAACUGUGUCUUCUGAACAGAAUCUUGUUAUGAGUCAGUCACCGUAUAUGAUAUUCAACAGUGUGUCUAUCAAGAGUGGAUUGGUUUAUCGUUGGGACUAUGUUCUCUUAUUUGCCUUAUUACGAUUGCUUCAAGGAUUGGGUGGUAUGGGUGCAGGUCUUAUAUCUUCCUUACGUUCUCAGUUAUGGAUAGCAGUUGAUCAAUUCUCAACAAGGGGAUUAAGCGUAAUGCUUUUUGCACAUAUUCAUAGGCUUUCUUUAAAGUGGCAUUUAUCAAGAAAAACCGGAGAAGUGUUGAGAGUUAUGGAUCGUGGGACAGCUAGUAUUUCAAAUAUUCUAUCAUAUCUUGUUUUCAAUAUUCUUCCUACAGUACUAGACGUUAUUAUUGGUGUAGUGUAUUUCAUCACAGCUUUCAAUGUUUGGUAUGGACUGUUAGUUUUUAUUACCAUGCUUGUAUAUAUUGUUUCCACAGUAUUGAUUACUGAAUGGAGAGCAAAGCACCGACGUGAAAUGAACAAUUUAGACAAUCAAAAAAGUACUAAAGCUGUUGAUGCUGUAUUAAAUUUUGAAACGGUUAAAUAUUAUAAUGCUGAACAAUUUGAAGUGAAUCGUUAUAACCAAGCAUUUAUAGAGUAUCAAAAAGCUGAUUGGCGGAAUUCGUUUUCACUGAAUAUCCUCAAUUCUGUACAGAAUGUGACUAUCAGUAUUGGAUUUAUGUGCGGCGUUCUAUUAUGUGCCCGAGAUGUUGUUAAUCAGACGUUGACAGUUGGACAUUUUGUUUUAUUUUGUACAUACAUAAUUCAACUCUAUUCACCACUUAGCAUUUUCGGUACAUAUUACAGGUUAUUACAAACUAGUUUUAUUGAUAUGGAGAAUAUGUUUGAAUUAUUGGAAAAAGAAUUAGAUGUUUCAGAUGCACCAAAUGCACCAGCUUUAAUUAUUAAAGAAAGUGAGGUUGAAUUUAGGAAUGUGUGCUUCUCUUAUAAUCCAGAACGUCCAAUUCUCAAGAAUGUGUCAUUCAAAAUACCCAGUGGUCAAACGGUUGCGUUGGUUGGUGAAUCAGGAAGUGGUAAAUCGACUAUUGUUCGACUGUUGUUUCGAUUUUAUGACACUACAGAUGGUGAGAUUCUUAUUGAUGGACAGAAUAUUAAAUCAGUUACACAAGCGUCAUUACGUCAAUCUCUUGGAGUUGUUCCACAGGAUACAGUUUUAUUCAAUGAUACAAUCUAUUAUAACAUUCGAUAUGGACGUCAAUCAGCUAGUGAAUCGGAGAUCGAAGAGGUGGCUAUCGCUGCUGAUAUUCAUCGAUGUAUUCUAGAUUUUCCAAAACGUUAUGAAACAGUUGUUGGUGAACGUGGUUUGAAAUUAAGCGGCGGAGAGAAACAACGUGUAGCUAUUGCUCGUAAUCUGUUAAAAAAUCCACCAAUUAUGAUUUUAGAUGAAGCAACAUCAGCAUUGGAUACAGCAACAGAACGCAAUAUUCAAGCCAGUUUAAAUCGUAUUGCACAGAAUCGUACUACCUUAGUAGUGGCACAUCGUUUAUCUACAAUAACGCAUGCUAAUGAGAUACUAGUCCUUCAUGAAGGUGAAAUCGUUGAACGUGGGAAACAUUCUGAGCUGCUUUUGAAUCCUAAUAGUCGCUAUGCGCAGUUAUGGCGGCAACAGAGUGAAGUACAACAAUCAUCAACAUCAGUAAAUAAUGAAAAGCCAGAGAAUUUACCAUCUAAUAUCAUGACAAAUCAUCCCGUUCAUGUCUGA